AUGGCCGCCUCGAAGCCCGUGGAGGCGCCGGGCGGUGGCGGCGGCACCGCCGGGCUGUCCCGCUGGCAGCUGGCGCUGGUGCUGGGCGCGCCCAUCCUUCUGGGCGCCGGCGCGAUUUACCUGUGGGGGCGGCGGGCGGCGCGGCGCGGGAAGGGCGCGAGUGAGCGGAAGACCCCCGAGGGCCGGGCGAGCCCCGGGCCCGGCGGCGAAGGCGUCUCCGGGCAGCCCGACGGGCCCGGACACGAUGAGAUGAGUCCUCUUGGUAGAGCCCAAGCAGCCAAGAACAAAGGAAACAAAUACUUUAAAGCAGGAAAAUAUGAGCUAGCUAUUCAGUGUUAUACUGAGGCUAUCAGCCUGUGUCCUCCUGAGAAAAACCUUGAUCUUUCUACCUUCUAUCAAAACAGAGCUGCUGCCUAUGAACAACUGCAAAAAUGGACAGAAGUGGCACAAGAUUGUACAAAGGCUGUUGAGCUUAACCCUAAAUAUGUCAAAGCUCUCUUCAGACGCGCGAAGGCCCAUGAGAAGCUGGACAAUAAGAAGGAAUGUUUAGAAGAUGUCACUGCAGUCUGCAUUUUAGAAGCCUUCCAAAACCAGCAAAGUAUGCUAUUAGCUGAUAAAGUUCUUAAACUCCUUGGAAAAGAAAAGGCCAAAGAGAAGUACAAGAAUCGGGAGCCUCUGAUGCCCUCACCACAGUUCAUUAAAUCCUACUUCAGUUCUUUCACAGAUGAUAUAAUUUCCCAACCUUUGCUUAAGGGUGAGAAAUCAGAUGAAGAUAAGGACAAGGAGGGAGAGGCUUCUGAAGUAAAAGAAAACUCUGGCUAUUUGAGAGCAAAACAAUAUAUGGAAGAAGAGAACUAUGACAAAAUUAUCAGUGAAAGCACAAAAGAAAUUGAAGCAAAGGGAAGAUACAUGGCAGAAGCUUUGCUCCUACGAGCUACUUUCUACUUACUUAUUGGCAAUGCAAGUGCUGCCAAACCAGACCUAGAUCAGGUCAUCAGCAUGGAAGAUGCAAACGUGAAGCUGCGAGCCAACGCUCUGAUCAAACGGGGCAGUAUGUAUAUGCAGCAGCAGCAGCCAGUGCUGUCCACUCAGGACUUCAACAUGGCUGCUGACAUUGAUCCUCAGAAUGCUGAUGUUUACCACCACCGAGGACAACUGAAAAUCCUGCUUGACCAAAUUGAGGAGGCUGUGGAAGACUUCGAUGAAUGUAUCCGAUUGCGACCCAAUUCUGCCUUGGCGCAAGCACAGAAAUGUUUCGCUCUGUAUCGCCAGGCUUAUACAGGAAGUAAUGCUUUGACUGUGCAAGCAGCCAUGAAGGGCUUUGAAGACGUCAUUAAAAAAUUUCCAAGAUGUGCUGAGGGCUAUGCACUCUAUGCUCAGGCACUAACUGAUCAACAGCAGUUUGGCAAGGCUGAUGAAAUGUAUGAUAAAUGCAUUGACCUUGAGCCAGACAAUGCCACUACAUAUGUUCAUAAAGGUUUACUUCAGCUUCAGUGGAAGCAAGAUUUAGACAAAGGAUUAGAACUCAUAAGCAAGGCCAUUGAGAUUGAUAACAAAUGUGAUUUUGCAUAUGAGACCAUGGGAACGAUUGAAGUGCAAAGAGGUAAUCUGGAUAAAGCCAUUGAAAUGUUCAACAAAGCUAUCAACCUGGCCAAAUCAGAAAUGGAGAUGGCCCACCUCUACUCACUCUGUGAUGCUGCCUAUGCCCAGACGGAAGUUGCAAAGAAGUAUGGAUUGAAACCACCAACACUGUAAAGAAACAAGGAGGAAAUGACCUUGCAAAGUGAAGUUGCCGACUUCAGCCAGCCCUAAAGAUGCUGUUGCAGACCAUGCUGAAUGGUGGAACUUAGUUUAUUCCCGUUCGUGGUGUUGUCAUUUGCUACAUCUGUUAAAUGUUUAGGUGUUGUGGGAGUGGUUGUUCAAGGAAGUAUGCAGUGCUGCAUCUUGUUCCUUCUGCAGCAAAAACCUUAGAGCGUGUUAAGGGAAAUAAAGUUGCAGGGGAACCAAAGGCACAUAUUUUGGCCAUGCAAAUAAAAACUUCACACUGGUUCAUUUUGGGUGAUUAUGUUGUGGGCGAUUUUUGCUUUAUCAAAUAAUAUCACAGCAUGUGGGUUUUUUUCCUGUUGAUUUUAAAGGUAAUACUAGUCAGUGCUGUAAAAUAGGUUUCUUUUUUAUAUCCAGUUAAUCCUUGAGGGUUGAUUUUAAUUUUGCAAAAAUUAAUUUUCAAACUUUAAUAAUAGAGGGGUUUUUAAAGUCAGUAGAUGUGGAGAGGAUACCUGUAAAUAUAUGCAAGCAUGUACAAUCUUCCCUUAAAUCCCCUUCCACUUUCUGCAUAACUUACUUAGAAAUAGUCCUGUGGCAGCUAUUAGGGAAUUAAUUUGAUAGUCCUUAUUCUCACCCCAGAAAGCCCUAGAGUACUACAUAGGAGAGUGAGGAAAAAGGUUGGCUGGGGAAGGAGGUCAGGUAACACUGCCUCAGUGUAGACUUUACUGGAAGAAAGAAUGUAUUCCUGUACAGCAGUCCUUACUUGAAUGUCAUGGGAAAUUGUUCUGGAGGGUUCAGAGGGACUUUCAAGAACAGAAAGCACUGCUGGGAGUCAAGCUCCAAAAGGUAAGGUCAUGCUUGCAUAUAAUCUUUGUAAUCUCUGAUGCUUUUUUAUAAAUGUAGCAGCUGAUAGACUAAAUUAUCGUCGGUUUCUAGAGGCUGCUGGGUUAUGAUCUCCUUUUAAGAGCCCCUUGGUAGGAUUAAGUAAGAUAAGGAACAAAGCAUAGGCUCAAACUUCCAAUAGUGGAUUUGCAAUCUACACUCAUUUGCUUGUUCUGUAGAUCCUGUCUUGUCCGAGAUUACAAAUACUGUAGAAGGGAAGCAAUUGUGCUGCAAAAAGCAGAUAGGCAAAUUAUGAAAUAGUUUUCCUCUCAUUAGGAACUUCACAGAGGGCCCUCUUGCUUUGGGUUGACCUUUCUGGUGUGGAAGUCAGUCAUCUUGCCUUUCCCUAGACUGAUGUGGCUGGACAAACCUCAUGCAAAUGAUGUAACUUAAUUUAUGAUGACACACUAAUUUGGGCUUCUUUCCAUCCUGAAAUCAUAGAUUUGUUCGUGGUGAAUUGUCUAAUGUAUGUAACCUUUUAAAGAAAUGAAUGAUGCUGUAGUCAAACUGUCUUGGUCUGUAGUUGUGCCACCAUACAGCAGCAGCUUGCAUUUUCAACUUGACCUUCCUUUCUCCCAGCAACUACAGUUGAUUAUUCAAAUGGUGGAGAGUAGAAAUAAAGAUUUAAUCAUUAUUUUAGUAGCUCAUUAGGUGAUCUGAAAUCAUAGCACUGGUGUAGAAUUGAAGAUAUGGGAAGGUACUGGCAGCUUCUAGGGGCACUGAACGUAACAAGUGUCAAAUGUCUUCUCCAACGUCCAAUCUGCGUUAAUUAGCUGAGAACAAAAAUAUGACAGACUGAGGAGUCCUGUUCUCCAAGGAGUUUUUAUUCGCAUGGCCUUAUUUACAUUGGCAUUUUCUCCUCAUCACCCCAUCUGCACCCCAUUCCUUACCCCACCCAAUCAAUUAAGGGACAAAAGCAUGUGCUGUCAAUUACUAGCAUUCCGAAUCAUCACAGACUUUUGCCUGUUCUUCAACUAGUUUGAAACUGCACUGAAAGGAUGCAUUGUCUGUAAUUUUUUUGUAAAUGACAUAUCACCUGUAAACUGAAAAAAUAAAUACUACCUUCAAGUAUCUCUCUGACAUGUAUAAGAAAAGAUUUUGAUAAAGGUGUUCUCUGCA